GACAAACGGAAUGUUCAGUGCAACGAGAAAGAAGUUUGGGGAGGGGGUCGAAAGUGACUACCCUGAUGAGAGCAUAUACUAUGGCCAGACGUCAAUGUUCCCGCAUCGAUCGGAGAAAGACAUGCUAUCAUCUCCCUCGCCGUCAUCGUCAGGUCAAUUGUCACAGCUUGGUGCGAGUUUGUAUGGUCCGCAAAGUGCACUAGGUUUCUCAAUAAGGGGCAUGAGCAACAACAACCCUCAAUUGAACCGAAAUUUAACACAAGGCACUCAGUUACCGAGCCAUAGCACCCCAACAACAGGCGUCCCAACAAUGUCCCUCCACACACCACCUUCGCCGAACAGGGGCAUCCUGCCUAUGAACUCCAGGAACAUGAUGAGUUCGCAGGUAGGGCAGGGCAUGGGCAUGAGCGGCAGGACCAACAGCAUGGGCAGCUCUGGCCUGGGUAGCCCUAACCGCAGCUCUCCCAGCAUUAUCUGCAUGCCCAAGCAGCAGCCAGCACGCCAGCCAUUCACCAUCAACAGGUGCAAGGUAACAAACAUUCCCUUAGGAAUGGUGACAGAUCAGUUUGGAAUGAUUGGACUCCUGACAUUCAUCCGGGCAGCUGAGACGGACCCUGGGAUGGUUCACCUGGCUUUAGGAAGCGACCUAACAACGCUAGGGCUCAACCUCAACUCUCCGGAGAAUCUGUAUCCUAAGUUUGCAUCUCCCUGGGCUUCAGCUCCAUGUCGACCACAAGACAUUGACUUCCAUGUUCCCUCGGAGUACUUAACCAACAUUCACAUAAGGGACAAGCUGGCUGCAAUAAAACUGGGACGAUACGGUGAAGACCUGCUGUUUUACCUCUACUACAUGAACGGAGGAGACCUCCUACAACUCCUCGCUGCUGUUGAGCUCUUCAACCGGGACUGGCGGUAUCAUAAAGAGGAAAGGGUUUGGAUCACAAGAGCACCUGGCAUGGAGCCCACGCUAAAGACCAACACCUACGAGAGAGGAACAUACUACUUCUUUGAUUGUCAUAACUGGAGGAAGGUCGCUAAGGAGUUUCACCUGGAAUACGACAAGCUAGAGGAGCGGCCUCACGUGCCAACCACCUUCAAUUACAAUCCGGCCCAGCAGGCCUUCUGAAGCCGAGUCCGUCAGCGGCAACAGACAGCCAGCCGACCUGCCUGACCACAAAAAACCUGGUUUUAUCCUCAACUUCUGGACUAGGACUGCGGGAGGGGGAGGGGGGCGGCGGGGGUCUCCACCUUGAGAACUGGGGGGAGGGGCCCUGCCUUACAAAUUAUGUGCUGCCCGAACACACAACUUCUGUAUAUUUUCAUUCUGUUUUUAAAUUCCCCUAUUACGUUUUUUUCUUCUUCUCCCUCCAUUUCAUUUCGAGCAGGGUCAAUGUUUUGUUUACUCUGACGGAAAGCCCCUUUUGGUGUUUGCCUGGAGUCUUUGAAGUUGCAGUACAGCACACAAACUCAUCCAUUGGUAUUCAAGAGAAAA